GAAUAACAAAUCUCGAAGAACAACCGUUUCGAGAAGUGAGUAACCAUUUUUUUUUGUAUGGUCUACAUAUUUUUUUUUCAGAAGUUCGUCUAGGCAUUUUAGUGUAAGAAGGGCCAACCGAGGCUUUCACUAGUGAAUUCCGUACACAUGAAGUAAAGAUAAACAUGUUGGCACAUCCCCCCCCAAAAAAAGAUUUUUCCUACUUAGAAUUUACAUACCACUGUUCUGCUUCUACUAGGCUUCAGGAAAUGAAGACAAUAGGCUGCUUCUUUCUUUCUCACUGACAUUCUCAUGAUGACAUUCCCCAGGCCUUACAAUACAGUGGUUACCACUAGCAGUUUCAACACCUUAGCGCACUCUAGUGCCAGAACAGGUAGAAUCAUUAACUGUCAAGUCAUGUCACUUGUACAAGGCUGGGUAUGAACUAUCUCAGGCCUGGUCUACACUACGCGUUUAAACCGAUUUUAGCAGCAUUAAACCGAUUUAACGCUGUACCCGUCCACACUACGAGGCCCUUUAUAUCGAUAUAAAGAGCUCUUUAAAUCAGUUUCUGUACUCCUCCCCGAGAGGACUAGCGCUAAAAUCGGUAUUACCAUAUCGGAUAGGGUUAGUGUGGCCGCAAAUCGACGGUAUUGGCCUCCGGGCGGUAUCCCACAGUGCACCACUGUGACCGCUCUGGACAGCAGUCUGAACUCGGAUGCACUGGCCAGGUAUACAGGAAAAGACCCGUGAACUUUUGAAUUUCAUUUCCUGUUUGGCCAGCGUGGAGCUGUGAUCAGCACAGGUGACCACACAGAGCUCAUCAGCACAGGUAGCAAUGCAGUCUCCUGAGAAUCGAAAAAGAGCUCCAGCAUGGACCGCACGGGAGGUGCUGGAUCUGAUCGCUAUAUGGGGAGAGGAUUCAGUGCUAACGGAACUCUGUUCCAAAAGACGAAAUGAAAAAAUAUUUGAAAAAAUUUCCAAGGCUAUGAUGGCCAAAGGCCACACCAGGGACUCAGUGCAGUGCAGAGUGAAAGUUAAGGAGCUCAGACAAGCCUACCAGAAAACCAAAGCAGCAAAUGGAAGGUCCAGGUCAGGGCCGAAAACAUGCCGCUUCUACGCUGAGCUGCAUGCAAUUUUAGGGGGCUGCGCCACCACUACCCCACCCCUGUGCAUGGAUUCCGAGGUGGGGGUUGUAAUCUCAACCAUGGCUGAGGAUUCUACGGAGGGGGAAGAUGAGGAGGAGGAGGAAGAGGAGGACGACCUUGCAGCGAGCACACAGCACUCCGUUAGCCCCAACAGCCAGGAGCUUUUUGUGACUCAGACAGAAUUACCCUUCCAGCCCUCCCAAGCCACUAGCCCAGACAGUGAAGCCAUGGAAGCGACCUCUGCUGCAUAUUUUUCAAGCCUCCCUACUCCAUCCCGAAGGCUCUCUCAGAUAAGGCGGAGGAAAAAGAAGAUGCGAGAUCAAAUGUUCUCGGAAAUCAUGGAAGUAACCCGCAAUGAAAGAGCUCAUCUGAAUGACUGGAAGGACGUGGUAGCAAAGUACAGGAAAGAUGCCAGUGAACAUGAGGACAGGAGGGACCAACAUGAGGAUAGGAGGGACGAACGUGAGGAUAAGAGAGAUGCUCAAGAUGAGAGGUGGCGGCAGAAAGAUCAGAGGUGUAGGCAGGGAGACCAGAGGUGGCGGGAUGCAAUGCUGGAGCUGCUGCGUGAUCAAACUGAUAUCCUCCGACGUCUGGUGGAGCUUCAGGAAGAGCAGCGGGGUCACAGAGUGCAGCUGCAGCCCCUGUGUAACCACUCUCACCACUCACCAUGUUCCAUAUCUUCCUCACCCAGACAUGUAAGAACGCGUGGGGGAAGCCUUCGUGCACCCGCUGACUCCACCCCAGUGGACAGUCCAACCAAAAGGCUGUCAUUACAUUGAAAUGUAUUUAAUGGCCUUUUCCUUCCCUCCUAUGCUCCUCCCAAACCACACCCGGGAUACCUUGUCAGUUCUCUGCCUCUUUUUAUAGUUACUUUUUAAUAAUGAAUACGUGAUUUUUAAAUGA